AUGGAAAGCAGGUUUAAAAAAAAUGACAGCGAAAAUGACUACAAGUAUUAUGUGCUCCAAAUAGGGAGAAAAUACACCUAUCUAGGAUUUUCAGGACUCCAUAAACCCCUAUCAGUUUAUAGAACGCCCGAUUUCUUUCGGUACAAUGAAAGUUUCCACGAUUAUGGUAAGGAUAAGAAGGGGGUAUACGACAUGCUGAGAAGCGUUUCGGAGGGGGUAGGGACUUCCUUCCGGGGCUGCGCAAGUGGGUACGAGGAUAGCUCGGAUCAACAGGGGGAAGGUCUCAACCUGGACGAAGGCGAAAAAGGCGCUAAGCCGGACCCAAACGAAGACACUCUUGACCAGAACCAACGUCUUAAUAGCAUUUGCCUGAACCAACCCCUUCCUAGUAUGGAGGGAAGGAAACAGGAAGGAAGCCUGAUCUACCACUACGAGUACAAGUUCCACCAGGAUGUGAAGCUGUGGAGAAAUUUCUUCGAGGAGUUUACAUUCCACAUUUUUCGCAAGUUAAUAAAGACGAAUAACAAGGCAAAAAAAGUGAUCGUCCUCUUGAACAUGUUCAUCCCAACGAUAAUUAAAUAUUCCCUUUGCAAAACUUUGAUUGAGAAUUAUGAAUACACCUCAAUUUCCUAUAUAAACGACUUAGUGUCGCCACUUUUCUUGUGCAACUGCAACACGUGUGUGGUAAUCGACUUGGGUUACUUAAGCUGUAGGUUACUGCCCGUAAUAAAUGGCAUGCCAUUAUAUCACCAUUACACGUAUGUAGACAAUGGGGGGUUUUACAUCAAUAUGGAAAUUAGAAGGUUACUGAAGGAGCAGUACGUGAGAAGGGCUCGCAGGAGGGCUAUGCACGAUUGUGAAGUUUCAAGUGCUUCAUUUGUACAAGUCAGUAAUGAGAAUAUCCUUACCAAUCCACAGAGCACAGAUAAUGGCUAUACGGCAACCCCCCAUGAAGAAAAACCCAUGGAGGAAGAAAAAGGAGAAAAAAACACAUUGGAGGGACUACUUAAUUAUUACCUAGAUUUAUACCCACUGGAGGAAAUAUUAAAUAUCAUCGAUAUCAUGCCAGAUGAUGAAAUAGAAAAUAUAAAGAUGAAAUAUUUUUAUUUAAAAAAUGAACAAGGCAAAUUGUAUACCAACAAAAUUGUUUUGUAUGAAUUUCAAAAUUACCAAAUUAUUGUAGAAGCAGAUACUAGGUGGAUGGCCUGCGAAAUAUUAUUUACGAAAGAUUAUGAACAGAAUAUAAAUUCUAUGUUCGCUUGUAUACUGUCUAAAUUACACAUGUUUGAAUUUUCCGCUUUCCACAAUGUCCUUCUUGUUGGUGGAUGUAGUAACAUCAAGGGGAUCGUUUCUAAAAUAGCUCAAUCUCUUUUGAACGCGUUAAGUGAGAAAAAAAAGACAUCCCUAAAAGAUUUGGAAAAUAGAGUCAAUUUUCUCUUUCCAAAGAUAUCCCCCAAUCUGCGCCAAUUCAUAGGGGCCUCCAUCUGCUCGAAUUUGGAAAACCUGCCCGACUACACGCAAGAGCAUAUUCACAACAAUGUAUUGUACGACCACUUGAAUGAAGACGUCUACUUCACUUUUAAGCAUUAA